CUGGUGACGCAGCGCUGUCACAGCUCGUCCUGGAUCAAUGGGAGAACAGGCGUAGGCCAGCCUCCUCCCACCUGGAUACCCGGUGGGCCCCGAGCAUGUAGGAGCGAGCCUCUGCCACGGAAGGCGCCGGGCGCUGCACGCUUUCAAUGAGAGGCACGGUGUAACUACCCAUCGCGGCCCGUGUGGCCUCCGGUCGGCCUGUCAGGCCUUGGGAUCCGGGGAUACAGAUUGCAGGCCGUCGCUGACAUGGCUGGAAGCAUCAACCCUGGGAGUGGGGAGAUCAUCCAGCUCAAUGUCGGGGGUACCAGGUUCAGCACAUCGAGGCAAACGCUGAUGUGGAUUCCGGAUUCUUUCUUUUCCAGUCUGCUAAGCGGAAGAAUUUCAACUCUUCGGGAUGAAACUGGAGCGAUAUUUAUUGACCGAGAUCCUACUGCAUUUGCGCCAAUUUUAAAUUUUCUGCGCACAAAGGAGCUUGAUUUAAGGGGUGUCAGUUUGAAUGUCCUACAACAUGAAGCUGAAUUUUAUGGAAUUACUCCACUAGUAAGAAGAUUGCUGUUGUGUGAAGAGCUGGAACGUUCGUCCUGCGGCAGCGUCUUAUUUCACGGUUACUUACCCCCUCCAGUGAUUCCCAGCCGUAAGUUCACGUGCGACCCAUCCCCCUCGGCGGACGGUAAAGCGGCACAGAAGCCGUGUGAAGGAGCCGCUCAGGGGAGUGCAGUUCAGCCCACACUUACGGCUGUAGAAGGAAUGGUUAAACUCGGGUUCCCAGUGGAUCCCCGGAAAGUACUAAUAGUGGCGGGCCAUCACAACUGGAUCGUAGCUGCGUAUGCUCAUUUUGUGGUCUGCUACAGAAUAAAGGAAUCUUCCGGCUGGCAGCAGGUGUUUUCAAGCCCCUACCUAAACUGGACCAUCGAGCGCAUAGCUCUUAAUGCAAAAGUUGUUGGAGGUCCUCAUGGCGACAAAGACAAAAUGGUGGCCGUGGCUUCAGAGAGCAGCAUCAUUCUAUGGAGCAUUCAGGACGGAAGCAGUGGAAGUGAAAUAGGGGUCUUCAGUCUCGGAGUGCCGGUGGAUGCCCUGUUCUUUAUCGGUAACCAGCUGGUGGCUACUAGCCACACAGGCAAAGUUGGCGUGUGGAACGCCGUUACUCAGCACUGGCAGGUUCAGGACGUCGUUCCCAUCACAAGUUAUGACACUGCUGGCUCCUUCCUACUCUUGGGAUGCAACAAUGGAUCGAUUUACUAUAUAGAUAUGCAGAAAUUUCCAUUGCGUAUGAAAGACAACGACCUUCUGGUGACUGAAUUGUAUCACGAUCCCUCCAAUGAUGCCAUCACCGCUCUCAGCGUCUACCUCACCCCCAAAACAAGUGUUAGUGGUAACUGGAUAGAAAUUGCUUACGGAACGAGCUCUGGCGCUGUGAGAGUCAUAGUGCAGCAUCCGGAGACCGUGGGCUCAGGGCCACAGCUUUUCCAGACGUUUACAGUCCAUAGGAGCCCUGUGACGAAGAUCAUGUUAUCGGAGAAACACCUUGUCUCAGUUUGCGCUGAUAAUAAUCAUGUUAGGACGUGGACCGUGACUCGUUUUAGGGGAAUGAUAUCCACGCAGCCAGGGUCGACUCCGCUUGCGUCAUUCAAAAUCCUGUCCUUAGAAGAAACUGAAAGCCAUGGUAGCUAUUCUUCCGGCAAUGACAUUGGUCCGUUUGGCGAAAGGGAUGAUCAGCAAGUGUUCAUCCAAAAGGUUGUUCCGAUAACCAACAAAUUAUUUGUGAGACUCUCUUCUACUGGAAAAAGGAUAUGUGAAAUUCAAGCUGUGGACUGCACUACAAUUACAUGCUUUACCGUCAGCGAAUGUGAAGCAUCCAGCAGAAUGGGCUCCCGGCCGCGGCGCUACCUUUUCACCGGCCACUCGAACGGAAGUAUUCAGAUGUGGGAUCUAACCACGGCAAUGGACAUGGUGGCAAAAACAGAGAGCAAAGAUGUCGGAGGCCCUACAGAGCAAGAGCUGCUUAAAUUAUUAGAUCAGUGUGACCUCAGCACAUCUCGGUGUGCCACUCCUAACAUCAGUCCAGCCACGUCUGUCGUUCACCAAAGCCGUCUUCGUGACUCCAGCUCAAGUUUACAACUUCACCAUGAAACCAUUCAUGAAGCUGCCACCUAUGGCUCGGUGAGGCCGUACCGAGAGAGUCCACUCUUGGCCAGGGCGAGGAGGACGGAAAGCUUCCACAGCUACAGAGAUUUCCAGUCCCUCGGCUUCGGUAAGAACACUACUGAAAAGGCUGCUCCGGAAAAUGGGAGAAUGCUGGUGAAAAGCGAAGUAAAACCAUUGGAUUGGGAAAGCUCUAACCUUGAUAAGAAGAGUGUGGUUGCUCCAAGAGCUGGCAAAGUUCUGGAAACUACAAAGGAUGCUUGCAAAACACCAGAAAACACAGAGGCUCCCAAAAAAGCUGUCGACGAUGACAAUGAAUCCAAGUCAGAAAAUAAGAAGAAAAGCGGGUUCGAUGGAGCUUUCUUGGGAAGAAGGAAGGUUUCGCAAGCUCCUCUCUUAGGCUCUUCGCCAAGCUCUGGAGAUGGAGGAGACGAAUCGCCUGGUACAGCAUCGCCUUCUCCAACUAAAUCCACCACUUCCCCGCGCCGUAAGAAAAGCGACUCCUCCUGUCACGAUUAUGCUUUGUAAAAAUCAAGAAUCUAGACUGUCCUGUAGCUGUACGAGCAUGGUAAUGAACUGCUUCUAAGAACCAGAGACCGGUCUGACACUUCUCAACAGUCCAGAGAAAGAGUUGCUCUUUUAAUUUA